GUUUCCCUUCCGGUUGGCCGCCGCUGCGCUCGGUGCGGGAGGGCUGCGGGCGGGACGCGGUGGUCUGGCCGCUGUCCGGUGGGAGCGCGGAGUGAGAGCAGCCCGCAGCCAUGGAUAUCCCGGUGCCUCCUGAGGACCAGGAGUUGAGGAAUGUCAUCGACAAACUGGCACAGUUUGUGGCCCGGAAUGGUCCGGAAUUCGAGAAGAUGACAAUGGAGAAACAGAAAGAAAACCCCAAGUUUUCCUUUCUGUUUGGAGGGGAAUACUACAAUUAUUACCAGUACAAGCUAGCAAUUGAGCAGCAAUUGUUGUGCAAUCCAUCAGGACAAGAAAAUGAACCACCAGCUCAAGUCCCUGUGCCAACCCCAAUCCCAACCCCAAUUCCAACCCCACCUUCCACUACUAUGCCAGCCUCAGCCUCUGCUCCAGCCCUACCCCAGCCUCCCACACCUCCAGGUCCUGGCCAACCACAACUGGAAGAGCUGAUUCAGCAGAGCCUGUGGAAUCUGCAGCAACAGGAACAGCACCUCCUCAUGCAAAGACAGGAGCAGAUAACUGCAGCGAUCGCCUUGGCAAUGGAACAGCAAAUUCAGAAGCUUCUGUCAGAGACGCAGCUGGACAUGACCGAAUUUGACAGUCUUUUACAGCCAAUUAUUGACACCUGUACCAAAGAUGCCAUUUCUGCUGGUAAGAACUGGAUGUUUAACAAUGCAAAAACCCCUCAGCAUUGUGAGCUGAUGUCUGGUCAUCUGAGGAACCGAAUCACAGCUGAAGGAGCCCAUUUUGAACUGCGGCUCCAUCUAAUCUACUUGAUAAAUGAUGUACUUCAUCACUGUCAACGAAAACAAGCUCGAGACCUGCUCGCAGCCCUACAGAAAGUUGUGGUCCCCAUUUACUGCACCAGCUUCCUUGCAGUGGAAGAGGACAAACAACAGAAGAUUGCACGGCUGUUACAACUGUGGGAGAAGAAUGGUUAUUUCGAUGAAUCCAUUAUUCAACAGUUACAGAGCCCUGCUCUUGGACUUGGGCAAUAUCAAGCCUCUCUCAUCACGGAGUUUGCAGCCGUGGUCCAGCCUAUUCAAAUGGCAUUCCAGCAGCAGAUCCAAACCCUGAAGGCUCAACAUCAGGAGUUUGUGGACAGUCUCACCAAACAUCAACAGACCCAGCCUCCUCCUCAGCCACAGCCACAGCCCCAGCCGCAGUCACAGCCACAACCACAGCCGUUACUGGAACCUGAGGCACCACCACCCCACAUCCCACUGCCCCAGAGUCAGGAUCUGCCAGCACUCUCUCCGACAGACUCACCAGAGGAGGCCAAGCCACCACAUCCCCUUCCUGAAAAUGUGCCACCUGGAGGACAGGAGCCCCCUCCAGGGGGGCAGCGAGGACCUGGGCAGCAUGAACACUCUUCUUCCAAGCCACCCUGGUUUGAACGACCUGCAAUGCCACUCUGGGGACAGCAGCAACAGUUUGACCAGGCUUUUAAUGCUCCACACCAGGGACCACCUCAUUGCCAGCCCUGGAAUAACAACCAUGAAGGAAUGUGGAACGACCAGCGGGAACAAAAUUGGAACAACCAGCGGGAUGCUCCAUGGAACAAUCAACAUGAGCCAUCCUGGAAUAACCAGUAUGAUCCCCCCUGGAACAACCAGCAUGAGCCCCCCUGGGGAGGCCAGCGGGAUCCACCAUUUAGAAUGCAGAGGCCCCCCCAUUUCCGCCAGCAGCCCCCCUUCCAGCCACACCAGCAGCACCCACCAUUUAACCAGCCACCACAUCCCCACAACUUCAACCGCAUCCCACCACGGUUCAUGCAGGAUGAUUUCCCCCCCAGGCACCACUUUGAUCGUCCCCCCUAUCCUCCUCACCAUUUUGACUAUCAACAAGGAGACUUUCCACCAGAUAUGGGCCCUCCUCACCAUCCUCCGCACAGAUUACCCCCACCAGGAAUGGGAGAACCUCCUCCAUGGGGUGGACCUCAGCAUCCAGAUUUUGGUGGUCCUCCCCCAGGUUUUAAUGGACAGCCUCCACAUAUCCGACGUCAAGGGCCACCCCCACCACAGAUCAGUCCUGAUGACCCUAGUUUGGUGCCCAAUGUGCCAUAUUUUGAUCUCCCAGCAGGAUUAAUGGCACCUCUGGUGAAGUUAGAAGACUAUGACUACAAGGCUCUGGAGCCUAAAGAUAUGCGCCUUCCACCUCCAAUGCCACCUAAUGAGAGGUUGCUUGCUGCAGUUGAGGCAUUUUAUAGUCCACCAUCUCAUGACAGACCAAGAAAUAGUGAAGGCUGGGAGCAGAAUGGACUCUAUGAAUUCUUCCGAGCCAAAAUGCGAGCACGGAGAAAAAAGGGGCAAGAUAAGAGAAAUAGAGGUCCAAGCACGGCGACACCCGGGGCACUGAAACCAGGAGCCCGUUCAGAAUCUCAUGAGGCCAGUAGUGGAGUCAAAGUGGAGAAACGUGGGCGAUCAAAAUCCCGCAGUCGGUCACGGAGCAGGCGUUCUUCCUCUGGCUCAAGCUCCAGGUCUUCACGGUCCUCUGGCUCUUACUCCAGAUCAAGAUCACGGUCUCGAUCCCGCUCACGUUCUCGUUCAUAUUCUGCUUCACGUUCUAGUCGUAGCAGGUCAGGUUCAUCUCGCAGCCGGUCAGGUUCAAGAUCUCGUUCACGGUCACGAUCGUUCUCACCGGGAAAGAGAAGGGUAUCCAGGUCACGUAGCCAGACUCCACCUGCCACCACUGGACUUGGCGGUGGUUCUGUCCCACUCACACCUGAUCAGAGACUGGGGGAGGAAAACAAAGGGCAUCAGCUGUUGAUGAAGAUGGGUUGGAGUGGAUCAGGAGGACUUGGGGCAAAGGAGCAAGGUAUCCAGGACCCAAUUAAAGGAGGAGAAAUCCGUGAUAAGUGGGACCAGUAUAAAGGAGUAGGGGUCCCGCUCGAUGAUCCCUAUGAGAAUUAUCGAAGAAAUAAGAGCUACUCCUUCAUAGCUCGGAUGAAAGCAAGAGAUGAAAUGAAGAAAGAGAUACAGGAGCAGCCACCCCCUGAGUGAAGUAUGCAAGAGAAGACAGAGCUGUGUUUCUUCUGCUUUAGUUGGUGACAUCGCACCCAUAAACUCAAUAAGGACUUAAGCACCCAAGCUACUCAGUACUGGACUGGUCGAUCACAGGGCUGGGGUUUAAGGGGGGGGGGGGGGGGGGGGGGGUGGGGGAGCUUUCACGCUCGAGGGACUGAGAUGUGAGCAAAGGACUAGAUUCCUAAAGAAUCUCAAUGUAGAACUGAACAUACUAUAGUCUCUUUCACUUGGGUUACCUGCUUAUACAAUGAUGUGUUUUUCCCUGUUUUUUUUAAGUGAAGCAGUGUGAAAUUGUGAGCAUCAGUGAUAGGAUGAGAAUUUUUAUACUGAAGAAUUGUAAAUGUUUGUGUUGGCCUAAAAUUGGACAUUUUGACCGUCUCCUCUGUGAUGUUCAAAGGAAAGACUCUGAACUCUUGAAGUGUUUUCACCUGCUCUUUUGUGUUCUGUUACAGGGAGGUGUAUCUGGAUUGUUAGCAGUCUCUUGUUUGAUCAUCAUUUAGACUAGACAUAAUGUAGUAACUUCUGUGGACCAUUUUAAUAUUUUCACCUGAACUGCAGAAGUUCUCGAUUGGUAAUUUCUUCGUAAUUAAACACAUUCUGUUUAUUGUG